AUAGCAUAGCUAAGAUGGCUAAUAUGCUCCUCUUCCGAUGCUCACCUUCUUCACUAGCACCGUUGCAACCCGGUCUCGUGCUACUAAGACCUCCAAGUGGUGCCAAAGCCAGGAGAAAUCUACGUUGCUGUGCGAGUACUCAAGUCACAGAGCUGAUGACUGCCCGGCGCUCAGCUAGUUACCAUCCAGGCAUUUGGGAUGAAGAUUUCAUCCACUCGUUAACUGGUGAUUAUAAGGGCUACACAUGCUUGGAACGAGUAGAGGAGCUAAAGGGAGACGUGAGGCGUACUUUGCAAGAAGCGGUUGAGCUGUUGGAUCAGCUUGAGCUGGUUGAUUGUAUCCAACUUCUUGGAGUGGGUUAUCAUUUUGAUAAGGAAAUCAAUGAAAUUCUAAAAAUGAUCUUGACAGAGCCCAACAACGCGGGUUUGAUUGAAGGGGAUCUCUAUGCUACAGCUUUAUGCUUUAGGCUGCUUGGGCAACAUGAAUAUGAAGUCCCACAAAGUGUUUUUAAUAGGUUCAUGGAUGAUUCAAGUAGUUUCAAGGCAAGCCUUUGCGAUGAUGUGAAAGGCAUGUUGAGCUUGUAUGAAGCUUCGUACCUUGCUUUAGAAGGCGAAACUGCCUUGGAUGAGGCCCAGGCUUUCACGUAUAGACAUCUCAAGGAUCUCAAAGGGAAUAUAGACUCAAACCUUAAAAGCUUAGUAGAGCAUGCAUUGGAACAUCCCUUGCAUUGGAGGAUGCUAAGAUUAGAGGCUAGUUGGUACAUUGACACAUAUGAGAGAAUGGAGGAUAUGAAUCCUCUUUUGCUUGAACUGGCUAAGCUGGAUUUCAACAUUGUUCAAACUGUAUACCAGGGACAAAUCAGAAAAAUGUCUAGGUGGUGGACGGACCUAGGGCUGGGACAGAAGUUAGGUUUUGCUAGAGACCGUCUGAUGGAGUGCUACGUAUGGACUAUUGGAGUGAAGUUUGAACCUCAGUUUGAACAAUGCAGGGACGUUCUUACAAAAAUCAAUCAAUUGAUAACAACUAUUGAUGAUGUUUAUAAUGUCUAUGGUUCGCUGGAGGAACUGGAACUAUUUACAAAGGCCGUUGAUAGGUGGGACACUAAUGCCAUGGAAGGGCUACCAGAAUACAUGAAGAUUUGCUUUUUAGCCCUCAACAACACUGUGAAUGAAAUUGCUUAUGACACACUAAAGGAACAAGGCUUGAAUGUCAUUCCAUACUUACAAAAAUCAGAUGAGCUCGAGAGAGGAGAUGUGCCUAAAUCUAUACAGUGUUAUAUGCAUGAAAAUGGUGCUUCAGAAGUUGUUGCACGGGAACAGAUGAGGGCUCGUAUUAGUGACAUAUGGAAGAAGAUGAACAAAGACGUCGCACUUUCUCCGAUGCCUCAGCCAUUUAAAGGUGCUGCUGUAAAUCUUGCACGGAUGGCCCAAUGCGUGUACCAAUACGGCGAUGGGUUUGGUAUUCCAGAUUAUGAGAGCAAGGAUCGUAUCUUGUCACCUAUGGUGGAACCUAUUCAAUUAAUGGAGAGCUAAUACCUCUUAAUUAAUGCUUACAUGAGAUUAGUUAUUAUGGGUGGAUUUGUAUAUCAUUCAAUAAAUAGCUUUUUAACUAAUGUGAAGUUUAUAAGUUAUUUUCUUUUACUUAGGUAGGCACCAUAUUGUAAAAGUGACUUGAUAGAAGUUGUUUAUUCCAAUAAAUUUUUAUAUUCUGCUUUUCAACCUU